UGCUUCUGUGCGCUUUCAUUGUGCGGUUGCUCGACGAUCCGAUCCGUUUGGACGGACAAAACACGGCGUAAACGUUAUAUACUCACAGCGCGUGAAAUAAAUGAAAUAUAAAUAAUAAAAUAAAAUAUAUACAAAAACACGGCGUAUACGUUAUAUGUUAUAUAUUUGAAUUUAAAUGAAAAUCAGCGUGUCACGUUUUAAAUGAAUUAUCAUUGUGCGUUGGCAUUGACAUGCAAUUUGCAUUGAAUUGAGCCUUAAUCAACGGCAACAACAGCCAUCAAAAAAUACUCUGAACAUCAGAGUAAUUAAAAUUAUAACGGCAUUAAACUAUAAACAAUUGUUGAUUGCGUGCUUUUGAUUAUCAGCAUUAAACAAAUGGACGCAAAAUCAAUAGCAAAAUAAACUAAAAACAUACCAAAAGCUAAUUGCAUUUGGCCAACAGAAAACAACAAACAAAAGUGUGCAUGUGUGUGUGCAAAGUCAUUAUUUAAUUAUUAUUAUAACUAUUAUGUUUGUAUAAAUUAAAAAACGUGGCUGUAAUUAAUUUCUCACGCCGGCAGUAAAACAAAUAAAUAUUAAAAUUGAAAAUAUUACAAUAUAAAACCAAAAAAGUUAAAUGAGGAGCAUUUUGCAUUUCCGUUUAUGACAUUUGAAUGCAUUUCAAUUGCAUUCUAAGCAGCGCGCACAUUUAAAUUAAUUUUCAUUACAAUUAAAAGCAUUAAAUGCAUUUGCGCCCUGUUUAUUUGUCAUCGCAAUCGGAAUACUAAAUAAUCGACACAGACACCAGCCAACUACAAAGUAGUCAAAUAAUCAUUCAUUCAGACAGUCGAUCGAGUUGCAUAAAUAAACUAUUGAAUUAAGUGGAGUGAACAACUACUUAGACACCCUAUAAACAGGCAAAAGCUGUGGCAUUAAAAUGCAUUGCUACCAUAAAUAAAAACGCGUUCGAGCGAAACGAAUUUUGGUUAAGCCCGAAAUUCGCGCAGCUUUAACGAAUAGACGCUACUUUGUCUUAAGGGAAAGUCGAAAGAUAUUUAUAUCAGUAACAUGAACAACAACUUAAAUAACAGCAACAUGGAAACGGAUAUUACAUUUAACCAACACCAACAUGAGGAAAUGUUGCCGGGUGCUGAGGAGGAAGCUGAAUUUGAACGUCUUUACGCUGCUCCCGCGGAAAUUGUGGCACUGCUUUCCAUUUUCUACGGUGGCAUUAGCAUUCUGGCUGUCAUUGGCAACACGCUGGUGAUUUGGGUGGUUGCAACCACGCGGCAAAUGCGCACCGUUACCAACAUGUAUAUUGCGAAUCUGGCAUUUGCGGAUGUCAUCAUUGGACUGUUCAGCAUACCGUUUCAGUUUCAGGCCGCAUUGCUGCAAAGUUGGAAUCUGCCGUUUUUCAUGUGCGGCUUUUGUCCCUUUGUGCAGGCACUGAGCGUAAAUGUCUCCGUUUUUACGCUAACUGCAAUUGCCAUCGAUAGACAUCGGGCCAUAAUUAAUCCAUUGAGAGCACGUCCAACCAAGUUCAUAUCCAAGUUCAUAAUUGCUGGCAUUUGGCUCUUGGCGCUUACUUUUGCCGCUCCUUUCCUGAUUGCCUUUCGGGUGGAGGAAAUAACCGACCGCAUUCGAGAAAAUGAUCUUUACUUCAAUUUGACUCGACCUUUUUGCAUGAACAAAAACCUUUCGGAUGAGCAGUUGAAGGCGUAUCGUUAUGCCCUGGUCUUUGUGCAAUAUCUGGUGCCAUUUUGUGUAAUAAGCUUUGUCUAUAUCCAAAUGGCCGUCAGAUUGUGGGGCACUCGAGCGCCAGGAAAUGCGCAGGAUUCGCGUGAUAUAACGCUGCUCAAAAACAAAAAGAAGGUCAUCAAAAUGCUUAUUAUUGUUGUGGUUAUCUUUGGACUCUGCUGGCUGCCGUUGCAACUAUAUAAUAUUCUUCACGUCACGAUACCGGAAGUGAAUGACUAUCGAUUUAUUAGCAUUAUUUGGUUCUGCUGUGAUUGGUUGGCCAUGAGCAACAGUUGCUAUAAUCCCUUCAUUUAUGGCAUCUACAAUGAGAAGUUCAAGCGUGAGUUCAACAAACGAUUCGCGGCCUGUUUCUGCAAGUUCCACACGACGCUGGAGCAGCACGAGCGAACCUUAUCGAUGCACACCCGAGCUAGUUCCAUACGCUCCACAUAUGCGAAUUCAUCCAUGAGGAUUCGCAGCAAUUUCUUUGGAAAUGGCAGCAAAGGCGGAGGCGGAUUGCAUAUGAAUCGGAAUGGGAAUGGCAAUGGAAAUAAUGCACACAGUUUGGCCAUGGCCAAUAGCAGCUACAACAACAAUGGUCAUCAAAGUGUGGUAACAUUUGCCAGCGGUGGCAAUACCAUGCCACCAUGGAGACGCAAUAAUUUCAAGCCGUUGCAUCCCGAUGUUGUUGAAUGUGAGGAUGAUUUGGCGUUGAUGGAACUACCCUCGACAAGUGAGGAGCAUCCCUCGAGUCUAGGGGGUGGUAUUGGCGUUGCGGGGGUGCAGUUAUCAUUGCUUAAAGCGGAAUCGCGAGAAAGUUCUAGUUGCAUUUGUGAACAGGAAUUUGGCAGUGGCAUGGAAUGUGAUGGAACUUGUAUACUUAGUGAAGUAUCGCGUGUGCAACAACCAACAACAACAAUAACAACAGCAACAACACAACUAAUCAGAGGAGCGAGUGGCAAGCCGCAGGGCCAAACAUUAUGGCAGCCACUGUAAAGUUGAGCCAAGUACACUGAUAAAAAUCACCGGUUCCUAUAAUCAAAAAUUUAUUUUAUUUUGUUACUUUAGUAGUGUUGUUAAAACAUCGAAAAAUCGGUUUUUGAUAAAUCAUAAUUUAAUUAAUGGGUGUCCUAUCAUCACCUAUGUGUCCCAUAAAUAUA